AUGAGUUGUGCCAAUGAAUCGCUUUCAAGUUCUGCAUGUUUAGUGGACCCAGUUAAAUCGUUUUUACCGUCAGUCAGUGAGCUAGUUCAAACACAAGUUAGCCAGGAUGAGAUAUAUUAUGCCGUAUUAAAAGUAGUACUACUAGAAUACAUUAACCAGCCUAGAUUUCGCAAAAAAUUCCAAAAGAUAGAGAAAAUAACAUGUAGUGGACCAAGUGCUAUAGAGAAGCUCUAUUUUAAGGGCAAGGACUCUGAGAAGAGGCUGUCGCGCUUUAAGAAUUCGCAGACAGCUGGGACAAAUGAAGCAAUCAUUCUGAAGAAAAUGCUACCCAUCCUAGAAAAAACACUAACAUCUAUAACAGUUGGUGAGUAUAAAAUAGCAAAUGAUAUUUUCCGCAGAUGCCUAUUGAAACUCUAUAAUGACCUUUUUUUAGAUCCAGCUAUGGCGAAUUUAUUAGAAUAUAUGGAUAAGCCAGAAGAACUGAUCAUGAUUUUUACCAAAGCCGCGAGCGGUGAAAUUCUAAAAUUGGAUAUAGAGGCAACUAGAGGUAUACUUUAUGAACUGGUAACGUUGUUUAUUGACUUCCUAAUCUCUUUAUUGGAUUUGCACGAACUCUCGGAUCAAGAGUUUGUAUUAAAGUUAAGGAGUUAUGCAGACUCGUUUAAACCAGAAGAGGGUAAUAAUCAUUCAUUCAGACAGCGUAAUCAGCCAGGAAAUGGGUCUGAGCUAGGAGUAGAUAUAAUAGAUGUGACAAUUAAACCAACUUACAAAACAUCCGAAAUUUUGCUGUCAGGAUAUAUUAGAAAACUGUUUGCUGUCACUGAAGCACAGUUUGAGCAGGAUGUUGCGUUAUAUAAAGACAAGGCAUCAAAUAUUAAUUACUUAUACGAAUUAAAAAAUAGGAGAGACGGUAUCAUUAGUGAAACAGUGGGAUUUACUUCCAACCAUUUCCCAUCUGAUAAAGCUUACAAUGAUUGGAAGGUCAACGAGAUCAACUCGCUGGAUGAAUUGAUUUCCAAGAUAGAGGAUUCUGAUAGCAGCAAUAUUUGUGAAACAACGAUCGACAUAUCAUUUAUUAUACCGCCCGAACCGAAUGUUAUUUUCACAAGGUUAAUGUGCCUCAUAUUAGAGCAAGAACGGCCAUCAAUUACGAAGCCUAUGUCCGCUGAUGGCCAAUCGUUGAUUUCUAGGUGUGGUAAAAUAUGGAGACUCGACUUAUACUCUACUAAGGCCUCCAUUUACUAUACUGCAGCAAACUUGACGUUAUGUCCAACUACUAACUUAGACACUGAAACGAUAGACUAUAUACUUCGAACAGCUUUACCAAACAUGAGUGACAAUUACAGUCUUGAUUCUGACCCUACUACCUGGAAUUCAGAAGAUCAGAAUCGUUGGCUAGUUAACUUGAAUCAUACCUAUAUUCAGUGUAUGUCUUCUUUAAGUUCACUUUUAGCAAACAUUUACAAACAUGAGAAGGCAAUCUUUUCACCUGUUUUGAGCAUUUAUUAUGAUUGUGUGGAAUCCGAUCCAUUAAUGAUACAGUAUGACUUCCCUAGUACCGACUUCCAUAAUAAAUGGGUGAAGAACUUGAAGCAAACGCUAUCUAAAGCCACUGAGAUCUACUAUGUAUCUUUACUUCAAGAUAUGCCAAAUGAAGAUCACCUUGAAAUCCACCAUCUGCAACAAUUAGGAUCACUUAUCUUACAAAAAAUUAAAAAAUUUCAAGGACGUUACCCGAAGCCGUUGCUAAACAAGAUUAAUCUUUCUAGGGAAGUGGCAUCGCAAUUGAUUUCUGCCUUUGCAUCCGAUUCUCCACUGGUGCUACAACGUAUUGAAGAGCGUGCAGCGUUUUUGAAACAAGAUAUUCCAGUUAUGGAUGCCAUUGAAACGUACACUUUAUAUCAAGAACUUCGCGAUGUUUUCCACCAAGUUACCACCAAGAAGUUUCCCUUUGCACUGGAAAAACACUUUUUUAAACACAUUUCUAAGCUUUGUGAUGAAACUAGAGUUAAGUUGGAAGAGGUAAUCCAAAAUUCUUUGAAGGCUGAGACCUGGGAGCCUGUAAGCAACGAAGUUCAUUAUAGUUCAUCUGUUUUAGACAUUAUCAGAAUGAUUAAUGAGUCAAUACAGUUGUUCCAAAAACUAAACUGGGGCAAUGAGUAUCAGGUGGCUAAGAUAAAGACUUUUUUGCUUAAGACAUUUUCUGAUGGUAUAUGCUACUACGCAUCAAAGAUAGUAUCCGUCAUUGAAGAGGAUUUAACACACGUAGAAGCGGUAGUUCCAGCGGAUGACACAACAUAUGAAUAUACGGGUAGCUUCCAAAGCACUGCGGAGAAGAUGAAAAACACUUGGUUGUUUGAUGAAAUUAAAAAUGCUUUGACGUCUGCGCCUCUAGAAGAGCCUCCUGUAGUCUAUGAAUUCAAGGCAAGGACUUGUGUAUGUCUCAAUAACUUAGAUGAACUGAUGAAUAAAAUAACAGAACUAGAGGAAACUAUAAAUGUGGAGAAGAUAUCACAAACUAUUAAGCUACAUGAGAAAGCGAAAACUGGUAGUAAGAAAGGUAACAAAGAAGUUAAUCAAGUCUACACAAUCCGAAUUGUGAAGGCAGAGAAUGUCCAAGCAUUUACCAGCGAUGGCUAUGCGAAUAGUGCCGUCAGCUUGGUUGAUACUUCUAUUCGUCAAGAAUUUGCCAAAACGAAAGUUGUCCGCAAAACUGUUAAUCCAAUUUGGGAUGAAGUAUUCGAACUGGUGGUUCCAAACGAUGAGACAAGGGUUAUUAGCGCAACGGUAUGGCAUCAUUCCCAGAAACUAAACCCCAUUGGUUCAUAUAAGGUAUGUGGGAAGUGCUCUCUGUUACUGGACUCUAGGUCUUUUAAUUCAGAUGGUUACACAGAAGAUAUUGUAUUAGAUCUUGAUACACAGGGAAGGUUAUUCUUGCAGGUUUCUUUAGAGAGUGAAAAAAUUGAUGCUAUGUUCUGUGUUGGAAGAGCAUAUCGUAGUCUCUCUAGGGCUUGCGACAGAGCUAUUGGUAUGAUGGUUAAUAAAUUCUCUACUUAUGUGAAUUACUCUAUUUCACGUCCUUGCUUAAAGGCAGUUUGUGCAAGUACCUCUAAUUCAAAUGCCUCACAGAGUAAAGAAGUUAUCUAUGAUGCUAUUGUUCCUCUAUUUGACUACUUAAAUUCUAACUUAGAAAUUUUAGCGGCAGGUCUUACUCGCUCAUUACUUCACAAGGUUAUGAUAAAAGCAUGGAACUCAAUACUUAAUAUGGCGGACUCCCUUCUUCUUCCCAACUUAUCAAGUGCACGUUCUGUUAAAACAGCUUUAACUAAUAAAGGAAUGUCAUUGUGGGAAAAUGCGAUCAGUAUUGCUAAGGGGAAUACUAAUGAACUAAGAAAUAUUACUGGCAAUAAUAAUGGACAAAAUGGUAUAAGUUCUCAAGCUGCAUUGUCCAAUCGCGAGGUAGAGAUUAUUUUUGAGUGGCUUCGCGCUCUUUGUAUAGAUUUCUUUCACAAUGGCGGCGAGGGUCCUCCGUUACAUGAACUAAAAAACCAACACUAUCAGAAUAUUCUUUUAGUUCCUGUAUUCUAUGAUAAAUCCGUAGAUGAACUGAAGGAAGAAACUGAGGCCCUUAUUCCACUUUACGAAAAAUACCUGGACAACCGUAACUACUACGAUUUUACUCGACAUGGUCGUCAACAAGAGAAUAGCCGUAGGCGCCUACAACGUAGCGAUACAAUCAUUGCGCAUAGCUCUAAAGAGAAGCGUGCAGAAGCCGCCGCAGUGGUUAGAGAACUAAGAAGCGACCCACUUGAGAUUUCGGCCGUUACCCAAGAUAUCAUUUUAAGGAUUUUACUUGCAAAAGGGCAGUCAGAUUAUGUAAGUAACUUCUUAAAUCGACGCUCUGAGCUAGCAAAAGCUGUGGCCACUCGCAAAUUAGUAAAAGCCGCGGUAGCAGGAAGUAGACACAUAAAGAACUUUUCUAGGUAG